UAAGGAGGCAGGAGGAAUCUCGCGAGAGCUCAGCUAGUCGGGCCUGGAACUGGCAGGGCUCCCGUAGCAGCUGACUGUUCCCUCCGCCAGCCAUGACCGAGCUGUUCCGCUCGGCGUCUCCCGGAGAAGAGGGGGAGCUGGAGGACGGGGAGAUCCGCGAUGACAGCGUCAGACCGGACAGCCCGAAGCCCUUCCGCCACCGCAGCCGUGGCCACCCGCACCAGUACCAUGCUCGCCCUUCACGGCCGAAUCCUCACAACUACAGGCCCAAGGAGCAGUACCGGCUGCCCUCCCGCAUCCCGCCGCCCUCACCCCUGGGGGACAUGGGCUCCAGGCCUUCCUUCUGGGAGCGCAGCCAUGACACCCUGGGCCGGUUCCGUUCCCGGGGCAGAGGGGGGCGCUUCUGGGACAGAGAGUGGCUGGACCGAGGGGUGAAACCCGGCGGGCCGAGACAGAUGAACUGCGGGUGGAGAGACCCUUCCCCCAGAAAACUCAAAGGAAGAUCCCCACCAAGAAAACCUGGUCACUGUGUAGAAGAAAGCUUUGAGGAACUGCUGCUAAAAUAUAAGCAGAUAAAGCUUGAACUUGAGUCCAUAAACAAGGAUGAGAAACUAGCUCUCAAAGAAGGUCCUGUGAAAGAAGAAGUAAUCGUUGUGGAAAAAACCACCGAGCCUCCUCCUUCAGAAGAAAAAAGUCCUGUGGAAGAAGCACUUCCUGUGGUAGUGGUUGAAGAGAAACCACCUGUAAAGAUAUUCCAGGCAUUUGAGCUGAAACCCCUGAGGCAAAGGUUGAAGCCAAUCACUGAACAAAAGCAAAACCCCUUGGAAGAAACCAAGUCACCCGUUAAUGAAGAAGAGAGACCUGUAGAGACUGCUGAAUUUCCAAAGGAAGUUGAGAAGAUUGAGCAGACCGUUCCUACUGAAAACAACACUGAGGAUGUCAUUGCAGGUAUUUCCUUUCAGAAACCUGUUGUAGAGGAAGAGGAAUUGUCAGAACUCCACUUGCGUCUCUUGGCUUUGCAAUCUGCAAGUAAAAAAUGGCAACAGAAAGAACAGUUGGUAAUGAAAGAAGGCAAGGAGAAACUAUCAAAGGGCAAGACGGAGCCUCUGAAAGAAAGUGGAAAGCCAGAACCUCAGAAGGAAAAGAGCAAUGCAAACUCUGUUGUGACACGCAGAGUCAGUAGUGCGGCUAAUGCAGCUAAGCAAGCACGAAGAAGGCAGCAAACAAAAGCAUGGAAAAAGUUGCAACAAGUGAAAUCUGAAGAAAAGCGUAAAGAAGAGGAGGAGAAAAAGAAACAAGCUGAGGAAGAGGAGAGAAAAAAACGAGAAGAGGAAAUCCGAAAGAUUAGGGAUCUCUCGAAUCAAGAAGAGCAGUAUAAUAGAUUUAUGAAACUUGUAGGGGAUAAGAGUAAACGCACCAAGUCUUUUGAUGCAGAGCAGAAGCGAGCUGAAAAACAGAGCUUGGAAAAUUCUGGUGGUAUCUACCAGUACGAUAACUAUGAGGAAGUUGCAAUGGACACAGACAGUGAAACAAAUUCUCCAGGGGCCUCCCCUUCGAGAUCACCUUAUUUUCCUGGAAAUUCAAUAGGAUGUGUGCCAUCAGUGUUAUGUGUAACAGAGCAGUUCCCUUCACAAGUUUGGCCUUCCCCUUGUGAGGGCUCAAUAUACGAUCCAGUCAUUUCGAAAAGUUCUCCAGAAGUGCCACUGCCGCCUCCCCCACUUCCACCCGAGGAACCUGAGCAGCCUCCUAAACCUCCAUUUGCAGAUGAAGAGGAGGAAGAGGAAAUGCUGCUGCGUGAGGAGCUUCUGAAGUCUUUGGCCAACAAAAGGGCUAACAAAGCAGAGGAACAAACCAGCCAGCCUCCAUCACCACCUCUCACCAAUAUCAUGCCUGUCCCAAGAAUUACUCUGACGUCAGCAAAUGUUAAUACUGCCACACAUCGGAAAACGACCACUCAGAUAGUACGAGUUCUGAGACCCAUCAGGCAUGUGAUAAAGCUUCCAAAGCACAAAUCAGUAGUUGUUACUCUGAAUGCGUCGGACGACAGCGAAUCUGAUGCAGAGCUACACAGUCCAGGAGUCGGUGUUUUUGGAGGCCUCGAGUCUAUGAUCAAAGAAGCCAGAAGAACUGCCGAAGCAUCUAAACCAAAAGCACCUUCUAAAUCUGAAAAAGAAAAUGACCCCAUGAGGACCCCGGAAGCUUUGCCAGAUGACAAGAAAAUGGAGUAUCGUCUGCUAAGAGAAGAGAUUGCCAACCGAGAAAAGCAGAAACUCUUAAAAAUAGACCAGUCAAAAGCAAGCUUAUCUCCAACCAAUUCUGACAUGGAAGCAGACGGCAACAGAAGACUUGUUAAAGACCUAAAAGUGACUGAGGCUGAAUCAAGACACAUGAAACAGAGAGUGCUGCUAUUAAAGGACGAGUCUCUUUUAAAACAUCUCUUGCAACAAGAGGAAAAGAAAAGGGAGUCCAUCAGAACUGCAGAGCUGAAGAUCACCAGACUCUCGGAACAGCUGCAAGCAACUGAGAAGUUCUUAAAUGCCAAUCGGGCGCUUCUGAAGAAAUUGCAAGAACAAAUUGCUAAAGUAGAGCACAGAGUUGAAGAAAAAAGGACGCUGUCUCUAAAAUAUGGAGAAGAACUUGCCCGAGCGAAAGCACUGGCUAGUCAGGAGUUAGGGAAAAGAAAGUUGGAACCCAGCAAUAUGGGAGCAAAUAAAAUGUUAAAGGUUGACACAGCCGUAGUCAGCAGCCCAAAGAAGCAAUCUGCAGAGGCUAUUGCACAGGAGAAAAAACGACUGCAAGAACUGGAACAGGAAUAUGCCCUUAAAAUCCAAAAACUGAAAGAAAUGCAAGCGCGAAAAAUGAAAGAGCAGCCUGUAUACCACCCUCCUGUGGCAGAGGAGCCGGCGGAAUUUGCACUGCCUCAGCCAUCAUUGCACGACCUUUCUCAGGACAAAAUAACAUUAGACUCAGAGGAGAAUGAACCGGAUGAUGACGACUUGUCUUUCUCUGUUAAAGAGAGAAGGAAAUCAUUCCGGGACUCCUGCUCUUUUACUAAACCUAACCUGAAGCAUGCAGAGCUUACUCCCUACAAGGAGGUUUCCAACACUCCUUCCAAGAUGGCAACAGAAGGGGCAGAACUUUUCUUUGGUAUGAAUAUUGAUGAGGUUAGAAGACUUCAUUCCAACUCCAGUAACUUAACACAGCUGCUAGCAAUGGGCGACCAACUACUGGUGUCUUCAGACAAACUCUCCCCUGGGAAGGAAAUACCUGUGGAUGUGGAUUUGUUUGCCAUGCAGACAAAGCAGACUGAUGUAAGACCGCUUCCGUUUGGUCCAUAUCGCAGUCCUCUUCUGGUUUUUAAAUCUUAUAGGUUUAGUCCAUAUUUUCGUACGAAAGAAAAACUGCUGCUUAGCUCUGUUUCUUACAGCAACAUGAUCGAACCCAAAACUUUCUUUUGUCGAUUUGAUCUUACGGGCACAUGUAAUGACGAUGACUGCCAGUGGCAGCACAUGCGUGAUUGUACACUAAGCAGGAAGAAACUAUUUCAAGAUAUUUUGUCUUACAAUUUGGACCUUAUUGGAUGUUCUGAGAUCAGCACAGAUGAAGAAAUUACAGCUGCAGCAGAAAAAUAUGUUGACAAACUCUUUGGUGUGAAACGGGAUCACAUGUCCAUGGAUCUGAUGUCUGUCCUCCUUGUUAGUCAUGUCAAUGAAAGCCUUCAUCACACACCCCCCCACACUACCUAUAAAGAGAAGCGAAAAUGGAAGCCCAUGUAUUGGAAAAAGCCGUUGGCGAGUAGCAGCAGUGAUGAAGAUGACUCUUCGAAAGCAAUAAACUGUGCACGUCUUCCACAGACCAAGACCAAGGUUCCCAUUCAUGAUGCUGUUGUUACUUCAGAAGACAUUAGAUAUUUCACAAGUGAUACAGAUGACAUUUCCAACCUGGAAGCUAGUGUGAAUGAAAACCCUUUAGAUAUACAGCUAUGGAUCAAGCUAACAUACAAAUGCUUAAACCAAAAUGAGGGGACUUCUUCAGAGUGUUUGGAUUCAGCGUUGAAUGUUUUAUCCCGUGCACUGGAGCAUAACAGAGACAAUCCUGAGAUUUGGAGCCACUACCUCAAAUUAUUCUCCCAAAGAGGAACUAGAGAAGAAAUCCAAGAAAUGUGUGAAACUGCUGUAGAGUAUGCCCCUUCCUAUCAGACGUGGUGGACAUUCCUCACUUUGGAGAAUUCCUUUGAUGGGAAGGACCAAGUGUGUGGUCGAACAUUGCAGUAUCUGGUGCAACAAGUUGAAGCAGGAGAGAAAUCUGAGCUGCUUUCCCUGCAGUGUCUUCAGGUUUUAUUGUACCGUGUACAUGUGAACCUCUUCACCGGAAGACUGCAAAACGCUCUUGCUAUUUUACAGAAUGCUUUAAAGUCCCCUUGUGAGAAGAGUAUAGCAGAUCACCUCUUUCCCAAGGAUCGCUGCUUAGCAUGGCUUUCUUACAUUCAUCUCAUGGAGUUCAAUAGCCUGCCUGCUAAUUUCUUUGACCCAACAGUCUCAAACCCCUCCAGGAUAGUGACCAAGGAGCCGUUUCUAAUACCUUGGCAGAAUCCCCAAAGUAUAAUGACUGAUCCUGUCAUGCUGCUUGCUCUAUUUGAAGCUGCUGUGUUUUCCUGCUCCGAUGACACCUUGAGUGCGGAGGAGAGAAUAGAAGUUUGUCUACCACUUUAUAAGAAUAUGAUCUUGCUCCACCUUAGGCUGGACAGGCAUUUUGCUGCGGUGAAUCUUUGUAAGCAGCUCCUGGAGAGUUCGAGUAGAAACUGUGAUCUGCUAGAAUCUUUAUGCUCUGUGUAUAUGAAGAAAGGCCAGUUGGAAAAUGCCUUGGAGGUCUGGAUCACUGCCUUCAGAAGUAAUCCUGGGAAUGCACAAAUGUUCUAUAAUGUCUGUAAAUUCCUAAUACAGCAGGACCAUUUAGAAUGCUUGUCGCCUUUAGUGGAAGAGUUUGUAAUGUCGUUCUUUGAAAACCCGAAUGAAAAAUAUACGCCAGCAGAUCUUUUCAGAUACCUCUUGAAUUUCUCAGUGCCACUAGAUUUCAUAGCACCAGCAUUAAAAAAUGAUGGACUUCCCAACAUUUCAGAUAUGCAAAGACCAUACCUCUGGCUUGUUUUCUGCUUGUGGCAAUCUCUUCAUGCCACCAGAGAGGAGGCGGCAGAUGCAUAUGAAGCGGCAUUAGGGGUUGUGAUGCAGCAGGAUAUGCUUCAGAAGCUGUGGAUGGAUUAUCUUGUCUUUACUAACAGCAAAAUAAUGGAAUGCAGGAAUAAAGUUCAAGAUAGUAAGCAUUUUGCAGAUUUAGUUAACAGAUGCCUAAUGACUGUUUCCACGAGGCAGCCCACUCCAUUUAGCACAGCUGAAUACUGGACCAACUACGACUUCCACAAUUCGGUCAUUUUCUUCUAUUUGAGUUGUGCACCACGGACGCAGCAUUCUAAGAUACUGGAACGUUUCUCUUCCAUGAUGCCUACGAAUCUUGGACUUGCACUCAGGAUACUUAAACAAGAAAUGGAUGACAACAAUGUGCAAAUUGUGAAAAUGCAAUCCAAGAUGUUAACGUAUAACUUCCGAAUGUGCCUGACCACCUGGAAAAUAGCCAUUGCAGUGGAAACAUUCCUGAAGGGACAUAAGGAGGUCCAGCACUUGUAUCAAAGCGCCCUGCAGAAGCUACCUCUGUGUGCUGAGCUCUGGAAAGAUCAACUCUUGUUUGAAGCGUCAGGAGGAGGUAAAACUGAUAACCUGAGAAAACUAGUUUCCAAGUGCCAAGAGGUUGGAGUCAGCCUAGAUGAGCUCUUAAAUUUAAACACAGAAAGCAAGAAUCGCUGAACACUGGUUACAGUCAGGCCAAAGCCUUAUUCUAAAUUGCCAAAAUGGUCAAGAAUAGUUUGAUUCAGAUUAGGCUGUGAAAAUCAGACCUACUCUGAGUCAACCAUGCUUUCUGUAUCUCUAUACAUAUACUGACCACCUUAAACUGGAGACAUGAAUCCCAAACUCAGGCCUGCUACAUGGCCCCAACAGAUACUCUAUACAUCGUGUACGUAAGUAUAGUCCAUCUAAGUGACUGCUGUUUUAUUGUUUCUGUCUGUUUUGUGUUUCUCUUUCCCUUUCCCCCCUCUUUUUUUUUUUUUUUUGCAAUCCCCAUUUGUCGUGAUGUUUCUAACUUGCUUGACUCUCUCACUGAUGCCUGUGAGACCCUGUGUCUGGGAUUAGCUAUGGGGGCUGCUGUUUACAAUCUAAAAGCAAUCAGUCUCUCAUUCAAAAUCUUCAACCAAUUUGGUCAUUUCUUGUUUUAAGAGGACCUUUCACCUGGAUAUCCUUAAUCUAAUUAUUAUCCUACCUUAUAGUGCGGCCCCCACUGAUGUCUUGGCACUUUUUUUUUUUAUCUAAAGAACCCCCCUUUCCCAUUCGU